UGGGGUGCAAGUAGGCACAGAUAGCCGAGCACCAGCUCCCCGAUCGGGAGCUUGCGUUCCCCCUCGGCUUUUCCUGGUUGCCAUGGUAACUGUAAGAAGCGGAGAGCGGCCGAUGCCAGGGGCUAGGCCUCGAGGGAGAAGCUAGAAUUUGGUUAUUGGUGUCUGUCAGAUGGCCUCUAAUGGUGAAGAUGGUAUUGCUUGGUACCAAAAAAAGAUUGGAGCCUAUGAUCAACAGAUAUGGGAAAAGUCUGUAGAACAGACUGAGAUGAAGGGCUUUAAAAACAGACCCAAAAAGAAAGGUCACAUACAGCUGGACCUAAUAGAUGUUGACUUGAUCCGAGGAUCUACAUUUGCCAAAGCUAAACCAGAAAUUCCUUGGACAUCUCUUACAAGGAAAGGGAUUGUGCGAGUUGUGUUCUUCCCAUUUUUUAGCCAUUGGUGGAUACAAGUGACAUCUCAGCGUAUUUUUACAUGGCUGCUAGUUCUCUAUUUGUUACAGGUUGUAGCAAUUGUGUUAUACUACAUGAUGCCUGUUGUGAAUGCAAGUGAAAUUAUUGGACCUUUGUGCCUAAUGCUACUGAUGGGAACUGUACACUGCCAAAUAGUAUCUACUCAGCUUUCUAAACUGUCAGGGACCCAUGGAAGCAGUGCUAGCAAGAGAAGAAGAAAAAUGCGCAAAUUUGCAGGAGGUGAUGGAAGCAGAGAUGUCAAUACCUAUACUUCUGUUGACAACAUCAGCAGAGGAGAAGAGCCUUCAGGGUUGGGACCCAGGAUUAGCAGCUUCUUUGACACAGUCUUGCCCAGGAGGAGCAGGGAGGGGAUAAAAAGAGGACAACGGGUAGCAGAUAAAUGGACUGAAACAGAAAACAGCAGUAGUAUGAGGCACAGAAUUUCCAAAUCUGAGCAGAGUUUGCAACGGUCCAAGGAUCAUGGGAUAGAGUUAAAUGUAGAAAAAAACCAGAAUAUUGACAGACGCUCUGGUGUUUCUGAGGAACUCUCAAGUGAGGAAGAUGCUGAUGCUGUGGGUCAGGGAAUUUUGCUGCGCAGAAGUGUUGAAGGUGCUUCUAAUGUCAGUAUGAAUGAGAAUCAGAACAGGAAAUCUUCUGUUGCUUCUUCAAACCAGUCAGCAUCUCAGGUCAAGGAAGCCAUGAAAUCUAUGCAAGAUUCUGACAGUGUAACGGACUCAGAAUUAGACACAAGUGUUCUUCACGAGAUCAAAUCUAAUUUUAGUAGUGGAGGAUCUCGGAGUGGCAGUGUAUCCCAUAGAGAUUCAGAAAGCAACCACCAUGGUUCUGAAACAGAGGACAUGCUGUGGGAUGACUUGCUUCAUGGGCCUGAAUGCCGUUCCUCCUUUACCAGUGACAGUGAGGAAGCCAAGGGAAAAGAAGCAAGAGGAAGCAAGCGUGAUCCAAAGGAAGAUGUUUUCCAGCAGAACCACUUGUUUUGGCUGCAGAACACGAGUCCUGCUUCUGCCAAAGUGAGUGCUCUCAUCUGGGAGGGGAAUGAAUGCAAGAAACUGGACCUGUCUGUGCUGGAAAUCAGUGGAAUCAUCAUGAGCAGGGUCAAUGCCUAUCAGCAAGGAGCAGGUUAUCAAUGGCUGGGAAAUGUUGUUACUGUUGGUUUGGCAUUCCUUCCCUUCCUCUAUCGACUCUUCCACUCAAAGACCCUGGAGCAGAUGUGGUCACUUUCUGUAAAAGAACUUCUAUUUAUUUUUUGUGGUGCUCCCACAAUCCCCCCUGUUGUUCUCCUUGCAAUGAUUAUCUUCCUUGAGCGGCUGUGCCUCACCUGGAUGUUUUUCUUCAUGAUGUGUGUUGCUGAGAGAACAUAUAAACAGCGAUUUCUGUUUGCCAAACUUUUUAGCCACAUUACCUCUGCUCGGAAAGCCAGGAAGUAUGAAAUCCCUCAUUUCAGACUGAAGAAGCUGGAAAACAUUAGGAUGUGGUUAUCACUUCGCUCCUACCUAAAGAGGCGAGGCCCGCAACGAUCUGUUGAUGUAAUUGUAUCCUCCAUUUUCUUACUGGCUCUUUCAAUUGCUUUCAUAUGCUGUGCACAGGUUUUAAAAGGUCACAAGACAUUCUUGAAUGCAGCUUACAACUGGGAAUUCCUAAUCUGGGAGACAGCCCUGCUCCUCUUCUUGCUGCGCUUUGCAUCCCUUGGGUCUGAAACCAACAAGAAAUAUAGUAAUGUUUCAAUCCUGCUCACUGAGCAGGUAAAUUUAUAUUUAAAGAUGGAGAAGAAGCCAAACAAGAAAGAGCAGCUCAUUCUUGUGAAUAAUGUCUUAAAACUCUCUACCAAGCUCCUGAAGGAGUUAGAUACGCCAUUUAGACUGUAUGGGUUGACAAUGAAUCCCUUAAUCUACAACAUUACACGUGUGGUGAUCUUGUCUGCAGUCUCUGGUGUUAUAAGUGAUCUGCUAGGAUUCAAUAUCAGAUUAUGGAAAAUCAAACCAUGACUUGAAGAACAGAGGCUAAGUCCUCCCCUGUGCAUGGCACAAGAAGGAUAAAUGGAGGAAAGACAGAAGUGCAACAUGGGCUUGGUAUGGAAGCUGGUGCUUUACAAAAACAUGCAUGCCUCCUUAUUCUUCUAAGUGAUGACACAGCUUGAAAAUAUGAUACAAUAAACUUGGUAAAUUAUUUUAAUAAGCAAAAGUUAUCUUAAUCAGACAAACCUGCAACUCCCACGGAGCACAGCAGAAAUCAUUCAUUGCCUCUUACCGGAGAAAUGUGAAAUUAAGAACAUGUUGCAACAAUUGAGUUUUGUUGCCGCAAGAAAUAGUUCCAACUAGUCCGGUUUUGGUGGGCUAGAAUAUGAACAAGUGGGGCAGGCAUCUAUAAGGAUUUGUGGGGGGGAGCAGGGGGAGGGGGUCAUUUCAUUUCCCCUCUAUCCCCUUCACUACAUUAUUUCCUGUUUCUUUUCUCCUAGUAACCCCAUUCUUUCCCAUUUCCCUGCUUCAUUCUCUCCUUUCCACCAAUCAACCUUCCCUGCCCCCUAGUCUUCAGCUUUUCUCCCCAGGCUUGAAAUAUUGGUGUGGUUGCCCAAAGGGCAUGCAUUUCCUAAAGUUUCCUCCCCCCUAUUAUUUCCCCCCCAGAAUUUUCUAUACGCCUGGUAAUUUUCUCAGGUUUGUAGAAAAAUCUAGCUUGUCUGUUCAUGGUUCCAGUUUUUAGCUUUUAGUAGUCACAUAUGGGGCCAUAUGAAGCAUUAGAUACAUUGACAAAUAGAGACCUGCAAGUCUCAGGAGAGGAGGAGAAUCCCAUCCCACCCCCUUGCUCUCUAGGCUGCCUGCUUGCAGCAUGCCUCCUUCUCCUUCCCAGCAAACUCUAGAGGGGGGGGGGUCUUGCUUGCCUCCUCUGCCUUCUCCCAUCUUUACCUGUACUCCUCCCCACUACUCUGAGGGGAGUCUGCCCUCCCACCUCGCCUGCCUGCCUUGCUGCAGGCUCUGUGCCCAAGCAGCAGUGGCUCCCCUUCCGCUUCCCACAUGCUGCUAGGCAGUUGGAUGCCACUGAGCUAAUAGAGGAGCGUUGUCUGCACAAGCAUAGGCAAAGUUCGUCUGUUUUAGGGAGGCUUUAACGUCCUCCCCAUUUUAAACUUCCUAUGUUUUUUGUAAACCCGAGGCUGUUCCUCUUUAUUUUUUAAAAAGUCUUUCUCUCUACAUGGCCCUGAUCUGCGAAUUUAAGUAUCUGUAGAUUGGACCAUGUUGAGAAUUAGACAUAGGUAGGUUAUGUGGUGCUUAGAUCAGGUGCUUGUUUCUAGCAGAAACACA